AUGGGCGACAGCGACCGCGGAGGCCUGGCUGCCACCUGCAUCCCCUCCCUCAGAUGUCGAACGAGCUGCACUCUCAAGAGGAUCCACACUGGGGAGAAGCCCUACGAGUGUGGGGAGUGUGGGAGGAGCUUCAGCAUGAGCUCCCACCUUAUCAGCCACCAGAGGAUCCACACUGGAGAAAGGCCGUACAAGUGUUCCCAGUGUGGGAUGUGCUUCAGCCGGAGCUCCAUCCUGAUCACGCACAAGAGGACCCACACUGGGGAGAGGCCCUACGAGUGUUCCAAGUGUGGGAAGGGGUUUCUGACCAGCUCCGAUCUCCUCCGGCACUAUCUGAGUCACAGAGAGGAGAGGUCCUUCCAAUGCCCCGACUGCGGGAAGGGAUUCAAGCACAACUCCACCCUCAUCAGGCACCGGUGCAUCCACACUGGGGAGAGGCCCUACGAGUGUGAUAAAUGCAGGAAGAGGUUUCAGAACAGCUCCUAUCUCCUCCUGCACUAUCGGAUUCACACAGAGGAGAGGCCCUUCCGCUGCCCCGACUGCGGGAAGGGAUUCAAGCAGAACUCCCACCUCAUCACUCACCGGCGCCUCCACACUGGGGAGAGGCCCUACGAGUGUCCCCAGUGUGGGAAGAGCUUCUCACAGAGCUCUCACUUGACCCAACACCAACGGAGGCACCAGAGGAUCCACACUGGGGAACGGCCCUAUGAGUGUGGGGAGUGUGGGAAGAGCUUCAGCCAGAGCUCCAACCUGAACCAGCACCAGAGGAUCCACACUGGAGAAAGGCCGUACAAGUGUUCCGAGUGUGGGAUGUGCUUCAGCCGGAGCUCCAGCCUGAUCACGCACAAGAGGACCCACACUGGGGAGAGGCCCUAUGAGUGUGAUAAAUGCAGGAAGAGGUUUCAGACCAGCUCCUGUCUCCUCCGGCACUAUCGGAUUCACAGAGAGGAGAGGCCCUUCCGCUGCCCCGACUGCGGGAAGGGAUUCAAGCACAACUGCAACCUCAUCAGACACCGGCGCAUCCACACAGGGGAGAGGCCCUACGAGUGUCCCCGGUGUGGGAAGAGCUUCUCCAGCAGCUCUGACUUGACCCAACACCAAGCUCUGGACGAGACACGUCAGCCUCAAGCGAAGGUUCAGAUGCGGAAUUUAGUCACCAAACAGCAGACGGGCUGCACCCACAGCCAUCUGUCGGGCCAUGCCUCCUCCACGGAAAGGGAGGCCGGCGCCCUCUUCCCCUGUCCCAGCUUCCCCCGCAGGGGCAGGCCCGGGACAGCCCGAAAAACUUGGGGGGGAAACCACGCUGGGUGCAGGAGCAGCUGCGGGCUGCUCCGAGGGUCCUGUGGGUUCGGCGCCGUCUUCAGCAUCAUCCUGAACAGGCACUGGCUCGGUUUGAGGCGGCGGGGCCGGAGAGGGCGCUGGUGGACGCAGCAGGACAGCCGGGGGGGCGGUGCCGAGUCGCUGUUGUCGCCGAGGGCGUCUCCUACCUACAGCGACGCAGCCGCAGGGAGCGGUGUUUCUGAGCUCUCAGGCGCAGGCGUGGAAGCCGGUGAAGCCACGGGCAGGACACCCGGGGAGGCGGCCGCGGGGCGGAUCCAGGAGGAGGCCCUGCAGGCCUGGCAGGCGGGACUCGGAGACCGGUGCUGCCCCCAUCUCUGA